AUGGAUGACCAUGAAGAUGAUGCGUAUGCAAAGCUUGUAAGGAGAAUGAACUCUCCAAGAGUUGUGAUUGACAAUCACGCUUGUGAGCAUGCCACAGUCAUUCAGGUGGAUACUUGCAACAGAAAAGAUACUGUACUUGACGUUGUUCAAGUUAUUACAGACCGAAACCUCGUAAUAACAAAAGCAUAUAUGUCUUCUGAUGGAGGGUGGUUCAUGAAUGUGUUUCAUGUUACUGAUGAUCAUGGAAACAAAAUCAGAGAUGAAGGCAUCUUCAAUUGCAUAGAGAAGGCUCUUGAGACUGAUGCAAAUAUGGUUAUGUCAAGGGGGACGAUGCUGGCUUCUAAAGAGCAUACUUUAAUUGAACUGACCGGCACUGACCGGCCUGGUUUGCUGUCAGAAGUAUGUGCAGUGCUCACAGACCUGAGGUGUAAUGUGAUCGAUGCCGAGAUUUGGGCACACAAUGCUAGAGCAGCAGCGAUCAUUCACAUUACAGAACAGUCAACUGGAACUGCAAUUGAAGACCCAAGGCAGCUAUCCCUGGUAAAGGAACUUCUUCAUAAUGUCUUAAAAGGUCAUGGUGAUUUUAGGAUCCCAACAGUGUCCAUUUCUUCUCCUGGGGAAAUACAUAUAGGGAGAAGGUUGCACCAGAUGAUGUUUGCUGCUAGGGAUUUUGAAAGGCCUGACAGAGAGGAUGACAAUAGUGUUAGGCCCCGUGUGACUGUGUCCGACUGUCCUGAUAGAGAUUACACUGUCAUUACGGCAAGGUCCCUAGAUCGGCCGAAGUUGUUGUUCGACACCGUGUGCAAUCUAACAGACAUGGAGUAUCGGGUGUUCCAUGGUGCGUUCAUUACCAAUAAGGGCGAAGCUACUCAGGAAUACUAUAUCAGACAUGCCGAUGGACUCCCUAUAAGCUCAGAAGCUGAGCGACAACGUGUCAUGGAGUGUAUUGAGGCAGCCAUUGAGAGGCGAGCAUCAGAGGGACUAGAACUUGAGCUGUUCACAGAGGACCAUUUUGGACUUCUUUCGGAUAUUACAAGGAUACUUCGCGAAAAUGGUUUGUGCCCCAAAAGAGCAGAAAUUUCGACAAAGAACGGGAAAGCAGAACAUAAUUUUAUCGUCACGGAUGUGUCUGGAAACCCUGUUGACCCUAAAACUAUUCAUAUGAUUCGGCAGCAAAUAGGACAAACCGCAUUACAGGAUAACCCUGCGGUUAUUAACUAG